GGUCGUGGGUGCGGCGCUGUUUAAAGAUGGCGGCGGAGGAACCUCAGCAGCAGAAGCCGGAGCCGCUGGGAAGCGACUCCGAAGGAGUUAACUGUUUGGCCUACGAUGAAGCCAUUAUGGCCCAGCAGGACCGAAUUCAGCAAGAGAUUGCUGUUCAGAAUCCACUGGUCUCCGAGCGCCUGGAGCUCUCUGUGCUGUACAAGGAGUACGCGGAAGACGACAACAUCUAUCAACAGAAGAUCAAGGACCUCCACAAAAAAUACUCCUUCAUCCGAAAGACCAGGCCCGAUGGCAACUGCUUCUACCGAGCCUUCGGGUUCUCCCACCUGGAGGCCCUUCUGGAGGACAGCAAGGAGCUGCAGAGGUUCAAAGCCAUCUCUGCCAAGAGCAAAGAGGACCUGGUGUCUCAGGGCUUCACCGAGUUCACAAUUGAGGAUUUCCACAACACGUUCAUGGACCUGAUCGAGCAGGUGGAGAAGCAGACCUCAGUGGCCGAACUGCUGACCUCCUUCAAUGACCAGAGCACUUCCGACUACCUGGUGGUCUACCUGCGGCUGCUCACCUCAGGCUACCUGCAGCGCGAGAGCAAGUUCUUUGAACACUUCAUCGAGGGGGGACGGACCGUCAAGGAGUUUUGUCAGCAGGAGGUGGAGCCCAUGUGCAAGGAGAGUGACCACAUCCACAUCAUCGCGCUGGCGCAGGCCCUCAACGUCUCCAUCCAGGUGGAAUACAUGGACCGCGGUGAGGGCGGCACCACCAACCCCCACGUCUUCCCGGAGGGCUCCGAGCCCAAGGUGUAUCUGCUGUACAGACCCGGACACUACGAUAUCCUGUACAAAUAGGUGGGACAGCGCCGGGCCCUGCCCACCGCCGCCCGCCAGUGCUGGGGCCAGUCUUGCCCCUACCCCCUGCUAACAGGCGUUAGACAUGUACAGAGGUCUUUUGUGGUUGUAAAUGGUAAUAUUUCACUCCCCUUUCCCCUCCCUGUCACCCGUGACCUUGCGUGUUUUAUUAAAGGGGAUGCUGGUGGUGAGGCCAUGUGUGCGCGCCCGUGUAUUGCUGCUGCGUGCGCCCUGGGUCUGGCUGCCCCUGCCUGGGCCCCAGGCCCCGUUCUUCCUCGUGGGGACAUUGGUCCAGGGCUAGCCAAGCCUUGGGGGUUGGGGCUCAGUCCUGCCCCCAGGGGCCAAACCCGGGAGGAGAUGGCCUGUUAGGGCAGGGGGCUGAGGGGGGCCACCCUGCACAUCCUUCCGCUGCCCUCCAGGGGGCUUCUUCCAAGGACCAUCACGCUGGGAGAGGAUGCCACUGCUUUUGUUUCAGUAUCUGGAUCUUCUCCCGAUGCCGUAGCCCCUCCCCCGGGGUCUGCAGGGUCUCUCGCCCUAACUGUGCUUCCACGUGGUGGUCUGCCUGCCCUGGUGCUGACCCAGUGUGGCCCAGGCUCGACCGCCACCAGACGCUCAGCCCUGCGGAUGGAGGGCUGGGCGAUGCCUUUGGCCCCGUCCGGACUCCCUGGCUUCUGGCCGGGGAGCCUCUGGGAGGCCCCCCAGCUGCCUCCGCUCUCACUUCUGCCGCUGCUGCUUCUGUCCUGGUGCCUGCCUCGGUCUUGCUCCUUAGAAGGUUUGGCUUGUUCUUAGCUCUGCCCCCAGCAGAGGGCACUGCCGCUCUGUAGCAGCAUGGUGCAACCCCUUCCUCUCUGCCCCGGCUGCUGGGGUAGCAGGGCGGGACCCCCUGGGCCCCUCGGACCCUUCAGUGGCUUCUUAUGGGCCUGGCCUGGGGGCUUCACCAUCAUCCCUGGGCAGGCAUUGCCCCUCCAGGAGGCUGCCUGGCCAUGGAAGGUGGGGAGCCCGCUGCCCUGGGCUCUCCCCAGCUGCCCGUGCCCUUGCCUUCCCUCCCCUCCCCUCCCCCUGCUUUGGCUUGCUGGGCCUCAACCAGUGUUUUUCUGCUCGCUCUCCCGAGUUCUCCAUUUCUUCCAGCAAGGGGAAGGGUGGGUGGAUCUCCCUCUCCCCCACCCCCACCACUCCAUCCGAGCCACAGAAAACCACCCCCUCCCCCAAAGAAUUAAUGGUUUGUCCGUCUUCUCUUAGACUGUAAGCCCCUCGAGGGCAGGGAGCGUGGCUGUGUGUUCUGUGCAACUGUAUCGCGCCUCAAUAAAUGUGAACUAAUUGUUGGCAAACAGGCA